CUUGCCAUGGCCCGUACCAAGCAGACCGCUCGUAAAUCCACCGGAGGAAAGGCUCCUCGUAAACAACUGGCCACAAAGGCAGCCCGUAAAAGUGCCCCGGCUACUGGAGGAGUGAAGAAGCCUCAUCGUUAUCGCCCAGGAACGGUCGCUCUGCGUGAAAUCCGUCGUUACCAAAAAUCAACCGAACUUCUGAUCCGCAAGCUUCCGUUCCAGCGUUUGGUUCGUGAAAUUGCUCAGGAUUUCAAGACCGAUUUGCGUUUCCAAAGCUCCGCCGUUAUGGCUCUGCAGGAGGCUAGCGAAGCCUAUCUGGUUGGUCUUUUUGAAGAUACCAAUCUGUGCGCCAUCCAUGCCAAGCGUGUGACCAUCAUGCCAAAGGACAUCCAAUUGGCUCGCCGCAUUCGUGGUGAACGUGCUUAAGGUGGUUAUCGAAAUGUCAUACUACAUAGCAAACGGCCCUUCUCAGGGCCACAAACAAUUUGAAUGAAGAUUCGAAUUUUUAUAACUUGUAUUCACUCUAUUACUCAUUUGAGGGUCUAUAUCGUAAGUUUAAAUCAAGAUUGGCACAACUCAAACUCGAUAGUUUCGCGAGAAACGAUUACCGAAGAUAAGCAUCAUUUGUUUUUUAU